UUUCAACGUUGUGGAUCUCUCGCGAUCGGACGUAUUUUCGGAGAAGCCUGGUCGCAUCGAGAUCGGGCCCAACUCUUGGAAUUUUCUUUCCGAUUGUCUUGGAAAAUAUCUUCUUCGUCGCGUGUUUGUGUGUGUGUGCUCUGUGGAGUUUAUAAAAAGAAGUCGAAAAGUGUUUGCCGCAUCAACAAAAAUAAAAACACCCAAGAGUCGUGGGCUGUUUGUUGUGUCUGUAUAACAGAAAUUCGUUUUCUAAAAUUUUACCUCAUCACCCAAGGAAUACAUAGAUAGAGACGAACGAUCGUAGCUGAAAAAAGUAUCCGCUACCGGCUUGUUUAAUAGCACCAGAAUGAACGAAUACACAUUUUGAAGACAGAAAAGGAAGAGAAUCCGUGGUGAAAUUCUUCUACCGUUGCCAACUGUAAGAGAUCUCCACAAAAACGAACGAGAAGAAAAAACUGAUUAAAGUCCCGGCCGGAAGUGCCCCAGUGGAACGCGACCCCAACAACAGAGCCAGAUCGAGAUGCUGGAACUGCGGCUUAUCGUGGUCGUCGUGCUCGGCCUGCUCGGCAGCCAGUGUGGCCUGGUGGAUUCCCAAAGAGCGCCCCAGCAUGGCCGACGGGACAGACCCAAAUAUAUGCAGAAGAACUUUGUCAAGACGCAUCCUUGCGAGAGGUCCUCGUGCUACCCGGCGACGGGUAAUCUGCUGAUCGGAAGGGAAAACCGCCUAUCUGCCAGUUCCACUUGUGGCCUGCACUCGCCGGAGAGAUUCUGCAUCCUGUCCCAUCUGCAGGACAACAAGUGCUUCCUGUGCGACACGCGGGAGAAGACCAAGCAGGAUCCCGCCAUGAACCAUCGCGUCGGUCAGAUCAUAUACAAAACUAAGCCCGGAACCAACAGGCCCACCUGGUGGCAGUCGGAGAACGGCAAGGAGAAUGUCACCAUUCAACUCGAUCUGGAGGCGGAGUUCCACUUUACCCAUUUGAUCAUAACCUUUACCACCUUCCGACCUGCGGCCAUGUACAUUGAGAGGUCCUUCGACUUCGGACACACAUGGCACGUCUACAGAUAUUUCGCCUACGACUGCAAGGAGUCCUUUCCGGGAGUACCCACCGUCUUGGAAAACAUCACCGAUGUGAUGUGCACAUCGAGGUACUCUAGUGUGGAGCCCUCCAGAAACGGUGAGGUCAUCUUCAGGGUGCUGCCACCCAACAUCAAUGUUACGGAUCCCUACGCGGAGCACGUCCAGAAUCAGCUAAAGAUGACUAACCUCAGAAUUCAGAUGACCAAGCUGCACAAGCUGGGAGACAAUCUUUUGGACAGCAGGUUGGAGAACGAGGAGAAGUACUACUACGGCAUCUCCAACAUGGUGGUUCGAGGAUCCUGCUCCUGCUACGGCCACGCCUCCCAGUGUCUGCCAAUGGAUCCGGCGUUUUCCCAGGAGGACAAUGAAGACGGCAUGGUCCAUGGCCGAUGCGAGUGUACCCACAACACCAAGGGAAUGAACUGCGAGGUAUGCGAGGACUUCUUCAACGAUCUGCCCUGGAAGCCGGCCUUCGGAAAGCAAACGAAUGCCUGCAAGAAAUGCGAGUGUAACGACCACGCCGUGAGUUGUCACUUCGAUGAGGCUGUAUUCACUGCAUCCGGACUAGUUUCCGGCGGAGUGUGCGACAACUGCUUGCACAACACCCGGGGACAGCACUGCGAGGAGUGUAUGCAGUUCUUCUACCGCGAUCCCGAGCAGGACCUUAACUCCCCAAGUGUCUGCCAGCCCUGUGACUGUGAUCCCGAUGGUUCGUUGGACGACGGUAUCUGCGACUCUGUCAACGAUCCGGAGAAUGGCGCCACAGCUGGCGCCUGCCAUUGCAAGGCCUUCGUCACGGGACGUCGUUGUAACGAGUGCAAAGAUGGUUACUGGAAUCUGCAGCUGGAUAAUCCCGAGGGCUGCGAGUCCUGUACUUGCAACCCCCUGGGUACUUUGAACAAUUCCGGAUGCGUUAUGCGCACGGGAGAGUGCAAGUGUAAGAAGUAUGUCACGGGCAAGGACUGCAACCAAUGUAUGCCGGAGACCUACGGUCUUUCGGACUCACCUGAGGGUUGCGCCCUCUGUAACUGCGACGCCGGAGGAUCCUACGAUAAUUACUGCGAUGUGAUAAGCGGUCAGUGUCGCUGCAGGCCCCACAUGACAGGAAGAACCUGCGCCCAUCCGAAACAGAACUACUUCAUUCCAACGCUAACGCAAGUCCACGAAGCGGAAGUGGUAGACGAGUGCAUCUCCUACGGCAAUAGUGGAAACUGCAGCCUGGUGGCUGAAAAUCCAGAUGGCACCUUCACGGGAAUUGGUUUCACCAGGGUUCCCGAGAACACAGAGCUGGUUUUCACCGUCGGAGACAUUCCCCGAUCCAUGCCCCACGACGUGAUUAUACGCUACCAGAGCACCUCUCGAGGAGACUGGGAGGAUGCCUUCAUCACUCUGGUAAGGCCGGAUCAAGUCGACCCAGACGGAGGGUGUGGGCAAGUGGCUGCGGCCACUGCAUCAGAGACCAGAAUACCCUUUUCCCUGCCCGAUCGCAGUCGACACGUGGUGGCGUUGAACGACGUGUGCUUGGAGGCAGGAAAGGUUUAUAAAUUCAGAAUCUAUUUUGAGCGCCGGCGACACGACGGAGACAGCCCCACAGCCACAAUCUUGGUGGAUUCCCUAACACUCAUCCCCCGCAUCGAUGUCACCUCCGUAUUCCAAGGUUCCGUGCUGGCCGAUCUCCGUAGGCAGGACUAUGAGAGACACCAUUGCAAUGCCUCUCUGUACGAUUUGAACUAUGUUCCCGACCCGAAAUGUCUGAGCCUGGACAUUGUUGCGAGUGAAGAGAUCCACGACGGAGCCAGAAUGUGCAACUGCAACCCCACGGGAUCGCUCAGCAAGGAGUGCGACGCCUACGGAGGAUACUGCCAGUGCAAGCCGAACGUGGUGGGCAGGCAGUGCGACCAGUGUGCCCCGGGCACCUACGGAUUCGGACCGGAGGGAUGCAAGGCCUGCGACUGCAACAGCAUCGGAUCGAAGGACAAGUACUGCGACCUGAUAACCGGCCAGUGCCAGUGCGUGCCGAACACCUACGGCAGGGAGUGCAACCAGUGCCAGCCGGGCUACUGGAACUUCCCCGAGUGCAGGGUCUGCCAGUGCAAUGGUCAUGCGGCGCAGUGCGAUCCAAUCCAUGGAACCUGUCUGGACUGCCAGGACUCGACCACCGGCUAUAGCUGCGACACCUGCCUGGACGGGUACUACGGAAACCCCCUGUUCGGCAGUGAGAUCGGGUGCCGACCGUGCCGCUGCCCGGAAACGGUGGCCAGUGGAAUGGCCCAUGCGGAGGGCUGCUCCCUGGACACGCGGAACAACAACAUGCAGUGCCACUGCCAGGAAGGCUAUUCGGGCACCCGCUGCGAGAUCUGCGCGGACAACUUCUUCGGAGUGCCGGACAACGGGGGAACCUGCUCGAAGUGCGAGUGCAGCAACAACGUCGAUCUCUACGACACUGGCAACUGCGAUCGCCAGACGGGAGCUUGCCUGAAGUGCCUGUAUCAGACGACUGGGGAUCACUGCGAGCUCUGCAAGGAUGGGUUCUUCGGGGACGCACUGCAGCAGAACUGCCAGCAGUGCGACUGCGACUUCCUCGGAACGAACAACACCAUAGCCCACUGCGACCGCUUCUCGGGUCAGUGCCCUUGCUUGCCGAACGUCCAGGGUGUGCGAUGCGAUAAGUGCGCCCCGAACCACUGGAAGAUUGCCUCUGGCGAGGGAUGCGAAAGCUGCAACUGCGAUCCCAUCGGAGCUCUCGACGAGCAGUGCAAUUCCUACACCGGACAGUGCGAGUGCAAGCAAGGAUUCGGAGGCAGGGCCUGUAAUCAGUGCGAGGCCCACUACUGGGGCAAUCCCAACGAGAAGUGCCAGCCCUGCGAGUGCGAUCAGUAUGGAGCUGCUGAUCACCAGUGCGAUCGGGAGACAGGUACUUGUGUCUGCCACGAGGGAAUUGGAGGCUACAAGUGUAACGAGUGCGCCAGGGGCUACAUUGGUCAGUUCCCGCAUUGCUCGCCUUGUGGCGAAUGCUUCAACAAUUGGGAUUUGAUCUUGAGUGCCCUAGAGGACUCAACCACAGCCACUAUCCAGCGAGCCAAGGAAAUCAAGCAAGUGGGCGCGACUGGGGCCUAUACGUCCGAAUUCAGCGAACUGGAUAAGAAACUGCAGCACAUCAGGAACCUGCUGCAGAAUACCUCAGUUAGUCUGGUGGACAUUGAGAAUCUGGAUGCGGAAACCAAUGCCCUCAAACAGCAGCUUCAGGCAUCCCAUGGCCGGUUAAGCGAAACCGAAAGAAAGUUAGAUGACAUAUACAACUCGCUGAGUUUGUCGGGUGUGGAGCUGGAGAGCCUGCAAAAUCACUCCAGAUUGGUGCAACAGCUGUCCAAGGAACUCAAGGAAAACGGCAUACAACUCCAGGAGCUAAACAUCGGGGGAGCUUUGAACCUUACACGCCACGCCUACGAAACGGUCAGGAACUUAACGGCCCUCAAGGACGAAGCCAAUGAACUGGCCUCGAACACAGAUAGGAACUGCAAGAGGGUCGAGACUCUGUCCAACAAGAUCCAGGCCGAGGCAAAGAACUUGGCCAACAAUGACAAGUUCAUCGCUGACUAUCGAGCAGAGUUGACUUCUCUAACAUCCCAAGUUCCCGAGCUGAACAACCAGGUUUGCGGCAAGCCAGGCGAUCCCUGCGACAGCUUGUGCGGUGGAGCCGGUUGCGGCCACUGUGGAGGAUUCCUGUCCUGCGAGCAUGGCGCGAAAACGCACUCGGAAGAAGCUCUAAAAGUGGCCAAGGAUGCCGAGGCGGCCAUCACCAGCAAGAAGGACCAGGCGGAUCAGACCAUACGGGCUCUGACCCAGGCCAAAUUAAAUGCCUCCGAGGCCUACGAGAAGGCAAAGAGGGGAUUCGAACAAUCCGAGCGAUAUCUGAACCAAACCAAUGCCAACAUCAAGCAGGCUGAAAAACUAUUUACAGCCCUCAACAAUUUCCAGGAGAACAAGACCGCUUCCCCGUCAGAGAGCAAAGAACUGGCGCAGAAAACCCUGGACUUGGAUCUGAAACUGGAACCCGAGGAGAUUGAGUCCCUGGGAAAGAAGAUCAACGAGGCUGUCUCAUCCCUGAGGAACGUAGAAGCCAUCAUCUACAAGACCAAGCCCGAUUUGGACAGGGUCAACAAUCUGCAGAGCAUUGCCAAUGCCACGAAGGAGAAAGCCGACAAGAUCCUCGACUCGGCCAAUUCUGUGGUGGAGAGUCUGGCGGCGGCAGAUGAGUCCCAGGGAAAAGCCAAGGAUGCCAUCAAACAGGCCAACAGCAACAUUGAACUGGCCGGCCAGGACCUCGAGAAGAUCGAUGAAGAAACUUACUCGGCAGAGGCCCCAGCCAAUAACACAGCCGAGCAGGUUGAGAAGUUGGCCAAAAAAGUGCAGAAGCUUCAGAACAAUAUCGUGAAGAACGAUCGAGAUGCCAAGGAGAUUACCAAGGAGGCGGGUCGCGUAAAACUGGAUGCCAUGAGGGCUCGGGGAGAGGCCAACAAUCUGCAAUCUGCGACCAGUGCCACCAACCAGACCCUCACCGACCGAGCUAGUCGCUCGGAAAAUGCCAGGGAAAGGGCCAAGCAGCUCCUCCAGAGGGCCUCCAAACUAACCGUCGACACUAAUGCCAAGCUGAAGGAUCUGAAUGAUCUGCAGGCCGUCUACCAGAACAAGAACCAACAGCUGCUCCAGCUGCAGGCCGACAUUGGACCCCUGAACAAGGAGCUCAACGAGCACCUGAUUCACAUCAAGGAGCGAGCGUCGUACUAUAGGCAGUGCUAGUCGCAGAUCAGAAAAGAUUCCUCCACUGCGCGGCCAUUUAAAUUGCCAUAUUCAUGAACAAAUAGCAAACUGCUAAUUACGAGAAUCAAGUAAACAACUACAGCAACAUCUAGGAAGGCAAAAGUUAUUAUGUAACCACUGUUAAGUUACCGUUACGUUUUGUACUCUAAGCGAAAACCAACACUGCAAUGUUAAUUUUAAAAAUUGAGCGAAUGAAAUCGAUGCCUUCACUUUUAAUGUGUACACACUGAGCUAAGUUUUUCUUAUACUAUCCCUAAACCAUUUUGUAAUGCAAUAAAUGUAAUUAAAUAAAACUACUUAAAUGUGGAAA